AUGGCGCAAGGGUACAGCAUCUUCGUCGGCCUCGUCAUCGUCGUCGCGAUGGGCGCUGGCGCAUGGUUCUUGUCUCCCAAGGGCGACACGCAGAUCAUCUGGAGAUCCUCCCUCCUCCUUGCCCUCGCAUGCUGCUAUCUCAUGUGGGCCAUCACGUUCCUCGCCCAACUUCACCCCUUGAUCGAACCCAAACGCAGCAACCUCCGAGAGAGCGCCGUGCACCAUUGA